AUGGCAGUCAAGCGCAAAGCUGAAGCGCUGAGCAAGUCGGAUGAACCAUCGCUAGUCAAGUCUACCCAGACUUCAAGCCAUGCACCCAAAUACGAGCCUACCGAUGAAUUCCAGCAAGUGACUUUGGGAUCGUUCGUCGAACCCUAUCGGAUCCAUGGAAUGGGUUACGGAGCCGAUGUGUACUAUCAGCCAGAUUUCAUCGAGCCUGCGACAGCCGACAAGUGGUACACCGAGCUGCUAGCCCUGGAUACCUGGUGUGAGAGGCAUGCUUUGUGCGACAAAGCAACUGGACCUGACGGGACCGCCUUAGAUCAUCCAACGCUCAAGAUGUACGGCAAGUCCUUCCCACAGUCUCGAUCCAUUGCAGCGUACUCUACGACUCCCGGAGCGACACUCAACUACUCCGGCACGAGUAUCACGAUGAAUCACCCGUUUCCGCCUGUCCUUGAGAGUAUGAGAGAAAGACUCGAACAGCAUCUAGGUGUCAAGUUCAAUCAUGUCAUGCUGAAUCGGUACGAUGAUGGCAGCGUGUACAUUGGGCGCCACUCGGACAACCUCAACAAUCUUGUCAUCGCCAGUAUCAGCUUGGGCGCCAAGAGAACAUUCAUCAUGUCUCCGAGGCUUCCAAACAGAGCCGGGAGGAACAGGGGUUCUGGACUGAGUGAUAUCGAUGAACUGUCCCUCCAGUCGAGAGAAAACAAAAAAUGGACGCUGAACAAUGGUAGCCUGGUCGUCAUGCAAGGGCGAACGCAAGAGUUUUGGAAGCACGAGAUACCGAAAGAGCCAAAAAUCAAGACCGGUCGCAUCAGUCUGACCUUUCGUCAAUUGGUGUAG